AUUGUACCACGAUCAAAGAAGGAUUUAUAUCGGAGAGAUGGCCGGUUACGCGGUCGUGCGCAAAAAAUUUUGCUGAUCCUCGCUGCAUUCGGAGGAUCCUGCGCUGUGCAUGACCAUCAGCGGAAAGAAAUUUGUCGAAGCCGCCUCUGGUGAUCCGCGGAAACACUGGACGGAAGUGAGAGAAGAAAUACGUUUGAAACGAAUACCAUAGUCGUUUGAGAAAUGAGAUCGUACGACGGCGAGAGCAGUUCCACGGAGGACGACGAUAGAAGAGAGGGUCUUCCUGAGGCGCAUUUGCAGCAAGGUUCCUGGCAACGUUCGGCUUCGCAUCCUACAUGGGCUUGGGAACAUCGUACCGCUCAUCCAUUACCACCACAAUCAACAGCAUCGCUCGAGUCUAUGUAUUCAGUACCGGGAGCAUCUCACGCUAGUGUUUCCGCUCCUCCAGCUAGUUACUCGUCGGAACACCCUCAGAGUGCACCUGGUAGAAGGACUCCCUUGGGUGCCGUCGGCCUCGGUGGUUUCUAUUUUCAGCAGCAGCCCCAACCGCAUGCUUCAUCGAGUGCUCUUUCCGAUGAAAAUAGACCAGAUCAAGAAAGACCCGGGGCAUCGAGAUUGAACUGCCCGCCAAAAUCAAAAACUACUCGUCAAGGGAAAAGCAUGCGAUUGAACAUUAACGCCAGAGAACGUAGAAGAAUGCACGAUUUGAACGAUGCACUUGACGAACUUCGAUCCGUGAUUCCUUACGCCCAUAGUCCGUCCGUAAGAAAAUUGUCCAAGAUUGCAACCCUCCUCUUGGCGAAAAAUUAUAUUCUCAUGCAAGGGAAUGCUUUGGAGGAACUGAGAAGAGUAAUAGCGGUUUUACAGUCGCCACACGCUCACACCACUGCAUUACCACCCACACCUGUUUCCUACGAUUUGUUGCAUGGGUUCCCAGGCAAAUUGUUCCAAGGUGUGCAGGAUAUGCAAGGACUUCCUACGACAGACCCCCAAAGCGUCACAGCAGGUGGACCUCCGACAGAUGGUACUGUAGCCAGUGGAGAAUCGAAUUAAAGAUUCGAGCCUUUGUUUCUUCGACUAGAUGUAGAAUCGAAUCAAAUGUUAAAAAAUGUGACGAGCGUUGGGAGAAGCGUUAGAAGUAUUAAAGGAUUUCUUACUAUACGAUUUACAAAAUAAAGGAAGAAUAGGUAGACGGUAUUACUUUUAGUGUGGAUACCGAUUUUUAUGAAUAUAUUGCGGGAAUAUUUAAUGACACGCAACACGAUUAAUCUUCCAGAGGACAGAAUCUGAUAGAUUCGAUUUUAACAUUAAGUCUAUAGUACAUUCCUAGUCUGUAAGUUUCGAACGCGAGACUAUUUGUUGAUAUACAAUGAAAGUAUUAGAAGGAGAAGUAUUAAGGGGGCGACGUACACUGUUACGAGUUCGAUAAACACUGAAGUCAAUACUAGUACUUACGGUUGAUGCUCCUAAGAUGAAAGUUUAUGAAAGUACUAUCAAUUAAUAAUUAAAAGUAAUUACUUUACGGGCUACGAUUAUACUAACAUGAGCAAUAAAUGACAGCAUAUUUCUGUCUCUGGUGAAGCGGAAAUCGAUUUAUAACGAGAAAAAGAAAUAACAAUCUUAGAUGAUUUUUUCUUGUAUACUUUCUGUUUCAUUUUUAAGAUAUUAGAUAUUAACUGCCAGAGAGAGAAAUGAUGUAAGGAUGAGGAAUACAAUUUCCAAAUCCCGUCCGGUAACGCGAUAGUCAAUAUAGCAUGUGAUACAUGUCGAGAUAUUAUAAAUAUAUAUAUUAUAUUCUAGUCAUACACGCGUACAGAUCUUAAAUAUUCAUAUACAUAUUAUAUAUAUAUAUAGAUAUAUAUAUUUAAUAAUUCGAAUUGAGCCAUCGAUUGUAUAACUUAUUUAUAUACAUAAUGCGUUUAUUAAGAGUUUACUACGAUGUGCCAAGAAUAUAUCCAUCUUUUGCGGGAAUAAUCGAACGCGAGGUUCUAUACGAAGAACGGAAGUAUUCCUAGUCAAUAGCAAUGAUCCCUUAAAUUAUUGAACCUUAUCUCUGGAAGCUUCCGUCCUUCGAUAGAUUCAGAUAGAAUGUUGUAAAAAAAUUUUUAAAUGCCGUUAAAUGGCAAGCAAUAAGGACUAUUAUUAUAUUAUUCCUGAUAUGAUAUGUGGAAUUCUUGAUGACAUUGGUCGUUAAAUUAACAAUAAAAGUGUGCAAACGCAACGCUGACGACGAAAACAGACAAAGAUGUUUGUUGUAGAGUGUAGAUAUAACUGUUUAGUGCUCGAAUAAAAUCUAUUUAAGAAA